AUGGAAUCGGAAACAGAUGACAACUGCUACGAGCGGAAGGACAUACCGGUCGAUAGUUUCGGAGAUGACUUCUAUCACAGCAGAGACGUAACCACGCGCCAGCUCAACCGACAUCACCUGGUGAAUUGUGCGUCCGAUCUAUCCCCAGCCAAUGUGCGUCCCAUUUCACUGCCGGCAAAGCUGAGCAACAAUCCCGACGGUGGACCGUGCAUUAAUGGUCGUGAUCAGCUCGACAGUGGAACGAAUUUGGUCGAUAGUUCGUCGCUGAUCCGACGGUACGCUGAGGUGACCAAGUUUAAGCAGGAUGUAUCUUCCGGCAGUGGAAACAGCGCCAAUAAGCUUUCAAAAGGACCGGAUUCUUCACUGGCAAUGGCAAAAAGACGACUCAGCGCAUUGCACUCCAGCGUUCAGCAGAACGAAGUGGAAACGAUGGACGAUGAUAUGAUGCCUCUGCUCUCAAGUAAUCGUGAACUCUCACAGGAAGAACUUUAUGAAUCGCACACAUCACUUGUCUCCAGCUCGGAAGGAGGCAUUAUGGCCGAGGGUGAAGAGACUUCCAGUGACGAAUCACAGGAAUCGAACAGUUCGGCCAACGCGACCGCGAUCGUAAUGAGCCUGCUGGAACGAUUGCUUCGUUCGCAUCCGGUAUGGUUUUUACCCGGCAUUCAACGUUCCGGCGCGAUCCAUUUGCUGCAGGGCAAGGAAGAAGGGGCGUUUAUUGUCCGCGGUUCUAGUCAGUCAAAAACGAUGGCCGUAUCGGUGCGUUUACCGGUAAACGCAGGACCUUACAUCGAACACUAUCUCAUACAGUCUAACAAUGGACAGUUGAGCUUAGAGAGCUCUCGCUUUAAGUUUGAAUCCAUACCUGCGCUUAUCGCUCACUACACGCAAUGCUGCGACGAGCUGCCCGUUCAACUAUGUCUUCCGGUAGCGUUGCGCGAGGCGAAAAAUCGCCAACAACUAUCAUCACUGGCACUACUCGGCCAAGAGUUCUGGCGCUAUCCGAUGGCUAGCUCUCCGAAACCAAAACCAACCACCGCACCGGCGACAACACCGUCCGCCACCUCUAGUCACAUGAAUACCCCAUCCGAAGCAACGCACUCGAGCGGCAUCGGCAUAUCCGUACUUAAUCAUACACCGAUCGGUCACGGUACAUCUAUUAUCGGGGGCACCUCACUGGGUGGGGGUGGAAUGGUAAACACGUUCGGGGAGACACCGACCGAUACGUUCUCGACGCUGAGCAGUUUCACCGUCAGCAAUGGGCAAACGCUGUUGAGUCCGGAAUCGAUCGACAGUGCCAUCAUGAUGUCACCGAUGACCGACCAGAACCAGACGGGGAUCAUCGGUAAAACGAGCACAUUCAAGGCACGCAAGCAGCAAAUCAUUUCACCCACAACGCAACAUGAGGUAGAAAAGCAAAUAGAGCUGUUCAACGCAAACAUACUGGGGCACGGUAGCCACGGGGGCCAUUCCAACGGAGAUGUAAAUGGCGGUGAAAUGACAAGUUCAACCUCAUCAUCCAUGGAGAGCCGACAGGGCGAUGUGUUGAAUGCGACCAGCACGUUAGAAAGGAAGCCGCGUGCAACUAGACCAACGCCACCGAAUACGCUCAACAUCAAACCGAUUAGAAGUCCACCAGCACCACCGGCAAGACGAAUAAAGCUUCAGAUUGCAGAGAACAGUCCGACAGUGGAAAGAACCACAUUCAUGCAACAAAAAGACACGGACUUCACACCAACAACGGGAUUUCCUACCAGAGAUACAGCAUUCCAGCGCAGAGAAACACCAGUGUUGAUUACUGGUGCUAUCAACAAUUCGGGUUCACAUGUAAGCAAUACCGUGUGGUACUGUGAUACCGACAACGCUGUUGGAGAUGGAUCGGAGAAGCAACCACCACCUGCGGGUCAGGUAAACGAUCACAAACCGGAACUCGACAAUCAUUGUUUCAGCGUUCCAGCGAGCACUCGCGUAAGCCGUCGUAACAAGCGGAAAGAAUCGAAACACUAUCAGGAAUCCGACAUUUUGGAAUCACCUUCCGUAUAUUGCCGAAGCACUCUCGUAGAUAAGAUCAGUGAUUAUGAGGACAUCUGGACGCAAGAUGCUGCAAGCAAAGGCGAUCGUAGGUCCCUUCUAGGCCAGCGGCAUGGAAUGUUUGGCCAGGAAGACUUAACUCUUAAAGGUCUUGUUUCUCCGUCUAUCGAUUCCAUGAGUUACAGACAGGGUAACUUCACCUCCUACCGUGGCCCUACAGCGCACGGUGGUGCACACACACAUUACUCUGUCGACAAUCUGGCCGUUGGUAUGGGCGGUUUUGAUUCUUCGAGUGAUCGCGCCAGCACACCGACCGACAAACCAGCCCGUCCACCGGUGGCAUUGAAAACAUUUUCACCCAUACCGAAGGACGACAAUCGGUUCGGUCGGACGGUGUUGGCCGAUUCACGACAGCGAUCGUGCAUGAACAUUUCACACAUCACCACACCCGUUGGUACACCGGUAACGCUAGAGGACGCAAUAGGUGGCAUCGGAGUACAGGAGCAAAAACAGGCCAGCCCGUUCUAUGCGGAUCCAGCGGAUAUUCUAAGUAACAUAAUUCGUCGCAGCCCUUUAAACCGUUUGGCUUCGUCAAACAGCAGUCAGCGUCAUUCGGAACCACCAAAGCAGCUGUUUGGAAAUGAUGAUAUACUAUCUUACACGGUGCACCCAUGGGGCAAUGGAAACGGAUGUAAUGUAAGUAACAACUUUGCCGCAUCGCUGGACGAGCUGGCGCUGGAGAAAAACGACUCGAUGGUGUCGGGUGUUCGAAUGCAUGAACUGAGUAUCACCGGAGGUGGUGGCGUUCACGCUACGAACGAUUAUGAUUCUGAUAUCCGAUGGAAAACUCCCUCUACUUCGCUGAAGACUAUUGAAGCGACAGCAAAACCACACCAGAAGAGUACAGAUAGUCUCAUGGGAAAACCGAUCACGAUACACCAGAUUAUUGCCAAGAAGUUGCCGGCACUGAAUCUAUCGGAAAGAUUGUUAGAUAGUAUGCUGGCGAAUGAUAGCGGCAUCGGAGGCAUUGGCGAGUCAGGAUUCGGAACAUUAGGCAACAGAGGGCAGCGAAAGUCGGCCUACGAUAAUGUGGAGAAGCAAGCUAAUGCCUAUGCAUCAUCAGCCAUCAAUAGCGCUCAUUCGGACGAUGGUACCGUUUUUUCUGAACCGUGGGAUAGCUCUCAGUGGGACUCGUUCCUUCCCAACGAACAAUCUUCUCUGGAAGUUGCGAAUAUGGGAAAUAGCUACGACAACAGCAGCUCGGUUGCCAAAGACACCCGCUACCGUAAAGACGUACACCAACCGUUACCGCAGUCACAGCAAAAAGUAGCUACUAUACUGCGAUCCCGUAGUUGCCGCGAUCGAGAAAUUUUAUGUCAUCCACGCAACAGGUCUUCACAUAAUGGUCCGGGCGAAUCGAUUGCCACGUACGCCUUCUUCCUUGCGAACAAGGCGGAUUCAACGUUUUCUCGCAACAUAAGCAACUUUAUCGCCUGUACGAAGGAAUCGAAAGCGGUUCCACAUCCGCAGGUUGUGAUGCGCAACAUGCGCCAAUUCAUGUCCGGCAUGAAGAACUAUCUGGUGAAGCACGGCGAGGGUGAGUUUGCUGGUGAGGUGCAGAAGGCACGAGCUCAGCUGAAAGCGGAUGAGUUCCUCAACCUCGACUCAAUACUGGAGGAGGUGAUGCAUAAGCUGGUGAUACUGCCGUUGCGCGAGCAUCUCUACGGUUUGUUCGUGGAUUACUACAGCCAGUCGGGCGAUAUACAGCUGAUUGUGGAAAAGGUUCGCUCGACAGCAGGUCGCGGUCCACUUGCAUUCGGUAUCAAGGGCAAUGUGAUACCGCCGAGUCCUACAGCGAUGCGACAAAUAGCAACGUUGUUCGUACGUCUGCAAGAGGCGGAACUGCCGUUAGCUAAACUGGACUUACUUCUUGCCGCUGUAUCGACCAUUUUUGAAGCAACCACUUGUUGCAAUGGGCAGCAAUUGAGUGCGGACGAUUUCCUUCCCGUGUUGGUGAUGGUUGUGGCACACUGUGGUUUUAUCGGUGCGGAAAUAGAGGCGGAGUACAUGUGGGGUUUGUUACAACCAUCGUUGCUAAGCGGGGAAGCUGGCUAUUACUUAACGGCCCUCUGCAGUGCGGUGCACGUGCUUAAGAACUUUAGUCUCAGCGAACAGGAAGGAACAUCUACACUGGAUUGGGAUUCAUCUACGAUGCCAAACUGCUCGUCGGUGCUACGCGUAAUCAUACCAGAUGAAUACAAUGGUUCUAUACAAACGCGCACACUUCCAAUACGACCGCAUACCACGACGAAGGAGGUAUGCCGGAUAAUUGCCCACAAGGCAAGAAUCACAAAUGCCCAAGACUAUGGUCUAUUCAAGCUGAUCGACGGUGAAGAAACUCUUCUACAUGACACCGAAUGUCCGCAAGACGUCCGGAUGACGGCGAAAGGGAAACAUUUUAUGAUAGCGUACAAGAGGAUUGACGCAAAAAUAGCGUGGCCUACCGUGAUGCCAAAUAAUGCUGCUAGCAACAACACUUUGACCACUAGCACUACUAAUACUUCAAAUGCUACUGCUAAUAACGCUAUCAUUACUACCACUACUACUACUACUACUGCGAGUGAUAAUCAACUAAAAGUAUAAGCAAACAAUGAAUUAAGCUUCCAUCGUUAAACAUUAAGUCUGAUAUACUCUUUUUCAUAAGGUCGUUUUUGCGCCGUCGUGUAACAUCCUUAUCGUUCGACUCUCAUUUCGGUUCAGUGUAGCUGCCCGCUUCCGGGAUGCUAUUUUGCUCGGUUUAUUCUUAAUACGCGUAUAGUAUACACAUAUAAUCAUAUAUACAAUCAAUCAUAUAUACAACCGUACAGACGGCGAAGCUACAUUUCGAACAUUUGCAAGCAACUAAAGCGCUUCAAGUCUUACAAAAACCUCAUUAUCGAUUCUCGUAUAUAGCAAUGCAAUUUUACUCUUUCAAUGAGUUUAGAUUUUAAUUCACCAUAAAACGAAUGCGUAUAAUCACGUGUCGGUAGCGUUUUCUUCUUGUGUAACACGUAGGAAGUAAUGAUAAUUUUAACACACUAAUAACGUGUAAAGGUUAAAGGCAUAUAUGCAACUCGGUCAAGUUUGUUCUUUUACACAGUGCAGGAGUGAUGUGCGUAGUAGUGCGGAAAGAUAGCGAAGCUAGGGACAUAUUAUGCCAUUCUCUGUGAUGAAGCGCGUAAAAAACAUGCCGUUCUCGCCCAUGCUCCCGGUUCCCUUUCUUAUCACGAUCCAUUUGAGUGCAAACCAAUUGGUCAAGCGUGUGUUUUUUUAAUUGAUUUGUUAAUGUGUUUUAAAUGAAAACAAAGGGCCAACAAACAAUGAGCAUCGUAAUGGAAAUCUUUGUUUUACUACUUUCUCUCUUACAUACGUACGUGUGAAUGUGUGUUUUUAUGAAUAUGUGUGCUGUUAGUUCCAUUCGUGUAUUCUAAUUCCGUCAUCAAAUGACACAAUGUCUGACCCGUUUUAAUUAGGUUACGGGAUUCUUCACUAGCAAUAGCAUAAAUCCUUAGCACACAAUCAUGUUCCCUCCGUUCAGCAGCAUACUGUAGAACUAGUAAAGCAGAAUUCAGCACUAAUUCGAAGCAGCACAUCGAAAACGAGUGUCGCGCCAAGAGCUUCCAUUAAAACGCCUAGUCAGGCUUUGUCCAUAUGCAUUAGGUUUGUGUUGAGUUUACCAUUGCUUUGAAUAUGUUCGUUAUACCCUUUUAAACAAAAAAAGAAUUGUGAAACUAAUUUAAUCCCUCAUCACCCAAUUCUGCUGUUUCCGUUCACCGUUCCACAGGAAUGAUGAUAAGAACGCUCUCCUUUUGCUAAUGACAAUGAAUGUGUGAAUGAGUUGUGCGUAGUUUCACCUUUUUCCUACAUCUAAUGUUACUAAUGUAAAUCAAUUAUUAAUUACUAAUCGCAUAUUCUUGUUCCAAGGGGAGGUUUUCAUCCCUCCGUUUUUUGAGUGUGACACAGUUUUUUCCUUCUCGUGUGUUUGUGUGUGUGUGUGUGUGUGUGCUCAUACUUUUAACGAACAAACAAUGCAACUAACUAAAACAAGUAGCAAACAACUAUGUAUAUUCAAGAACGAACAAAUUCCUUCUUUCUUCUUUAACUAAAUCGCCAAAUAAACCCCCGUCUUGCGAAUUUUUGCUAUUGCUCACAAUGGUCGUGAUCGGUUGCGUGAAGCAAUGCGAAUGAACUACAACUAAUCGGGUUCGGGAGGAGAAGUAGUAGUAGCAGUAGUAUAAACGAUCAACAAUCAAUCAGCAAGACACAAAAAACACACAAAAAUGCUCUGUCGAAACGAAUUGCUCACAAAACAAACAAGAGAAAAAAAAUACAAUAGGCGUUUUCCUAUCCUGCAAUGCAUUUACACAAGCGGUGAAUCAAGUACAGUCAAGCCACUAUCAGUAGGUAUAUGGAAACGGAUUUCGGUAAAGUGAAGGCAUUUGGAAUGUGCUGUGUUUGUGGGGCUCAGGAAUGAACUUGAAUCUAUUUUUGAUAGCUACCUUUUUCCCCGAUCUGAUCACUGAAACUCAACAACCGUAACAAGCAAAGGUAACUUGAUGUGAAAUGCAAACCAUAAAGCAAACAUAAAUCGACAGUAUUAAACGCAGAAUGAAUGGAACAGAUAGAAAAUAUAACACUCCUUCUUACCCGGUAAACGCAAUAGUAGGCCCCAAAAAACUAGUAGGAGUAGUGUAAUGAAAUCCUAACCGAUUGUUGGUGCGUAGUGAAAGCUGCUGGCAGGAAAUGGAACAGAAACAAACAGAAACGUUGAUGCAAUGAAAGCGAUGGGAUGGAAAUGGAAUGGAAUGGAGAGUAAACAACAAGAAAAGGAAAUAUCUUGCCAAAUAGGUAUAGGAAGUUUUUUGGAAACAUCUAUUUUUACAACACAAGCGUAUUUAUUGCAGAUAACGAUAAAAUAAACUCUCUCUAUAUAUACAU